GCGGGUCUGAAUGGGAGGAAUGGAGCGAAAGGGGAAAAAGGAGAUCGAGGCAUGCAGGGGCAAAAAGGAGAGCCGGGUGAAAAAGGACUUCCUGGAAUGGCUGGAGACACUGGGCGGAAAGGUUCAAAGGGUUUACGUGGUUUGCAAGGAAGGACGGGACUUCCUGGGUCAGACGGAGUGAAGGGGGAAGGUGGCAUCACUGGCAAACCAGGAAUCCCAGGUGCAGAAGGAAACCAGGGAUCGAAGGGCGAACGUGGCUUGUCCGGUACCGACGGUCCCAAAGGAAUUUUGGGCCAGAAAGGAGAAAAGGGUGCUAAAGGUGUUCCUGGCUUGGCUGGCUUCAAAGGCCAAGGAGGCCUACCUGGCAAGGCCGGCGUUCCUGGGCCACUGGGGAACCCGGGACCACCAGGUGAUCCAGGAUUGCAGGGCAAAAGAGGAAGAAGAGGAAGACCCUCGCUCUGCCUCCAGGGACCCCCGGGGACCCCUGGCGAGAAAGGAGGAAUGGGAGAAGAAGGCCUCGCUGGCCAGAAAGGAGAAAAAGGAGAACCAGGAAUUUCCGCCGAAGACGUGAAGGUCAUUAUCAGGAGCGAGAUGAGCAGGAAAGACGACAAAAACAUCUGUACAGCCAAACGUCCGGCAGAGUCCGGUGCCGGUUCCUUGGCAGAUGCCCAGCAAAUGGCGGAGGAGGCCCCGCUGGCCAAAGAUCCGGCAGCAGAAGACCCACUGGGCAAAACCAAAGAAGAGAAGCAGAAAGAUCCCUGCGCCUUGCCAAUGGACGAGGGCGCCUGCCUGCAGUAUGUGGUGCUGUGGUAUUUCCACCCGGAAACUGAGACCUGCCGUCCCUUCAUCUAUGGAGGCUGCGCGGGAAACGCAAAUCAGUUUCCCUCCAAGGAGAGCUGUGAGCGGAAGUGCAAGAGAGGAAAAGGAAGGUGACCAUCUGCAGAGCAAACAGGUGACAUCCAGACACGCAAAGACAACCCUCUCCAAAUUGUACAGAUGGCAAAGAGCUGGGUCUGCAAUAGUCUG